GCAUUAGAAUUUACAACACCACCGGGAUCCAGGUUCCGUUUUUAGUAAUAAACUUGGCCGCGUGCGAAGCUUUUUGUGUGAAAUAAAAGAGAAGCAGACGAAGAGAAACUACUUUCAGUUUCAGAGAUAAAGAACCUGUGGCAUCUAAACAACACGUAAUGCAAAGUCCAAGGCAUCUGUCUCAGCAAUCUGCUUUGAUUCGGAGAAAAGAACCAAGAAUCCAUUGCAAAUAUCUCAUUCAGUAGGCCUAUUUAUUCACAGCUUUCUCUUCCAAGCUUUACAUCUAAGACAGUCCAUUCAGAGGUGCGUGAAAGGCACAUGGAGAUCGAUAAGGCAAUCAGAGAGAGUGGUGACCGGCGGCUCAAGACCAAGUACGACCACGCCAUCUAUGUUAUUGAGAGAGCUCUGGCCUUGUACUCCAUUGAAGAGGUCGCCUUCAGCUUUAAUGGAGGAAAGGACUCAACUGUUUUGCUGCACCUACUUAGGGCUGGCUAUUUUUUGUAUAAACGGGAGCAUAGCUGUUCUAACGAGGGUCUAAAAGAUUUUCCAAUUCGAACAAUAUAUUUUGAGAGCCCCUCUGCUUUCCCUGAAAUCAACUCAUUUACCCAUGAUACAGCCUCUAUCUAUGGUUUACAACUGGACAUCAUUCGCACUGAUUUCAAGUCUGGUUUGGAAGCUUUAUUAAAAGCUAAACCAAUUAGAGCUAUUUUCCUUGGUGUUCGAAUUGGUGAUCCUACUGCGGUAGGCCAAGAACAGUUUUCUCCCAGUUCACCUGGAUGGCCAUCUUUCAUGAGAGUGAAUCCUAUCUUGGAUUGGUCAUACAGAGAUGUUUGGGCCUUCAUUUUGACUUGCAAGGUCCAGUACUGUACUCUUUAUGAUCAAGGUUAUACUUCAGUCGGCAGCAUAUAUGACACAGUUCCAAAUACAUUAUUGCGCAUCCCUGGUUCCUCUAAUAAUAAAGAAACAUUUAGACCUGCAUAUCUGCUUUCCGAUGGAAGAUCAGAGAGAGCAGGGAGAUCAAAAAAGCUUUCUUCUUCAGUUUGUGGGAGUUUUUCUGCUGGUAGCAAUGGUCCAGAUAGUGUUGAUUUACAUAAAAACAGCAUGCUCACAGCAUCAGCUAUUGCUGUGGGGGAGGAGAUUCUGUUUGGUACCAUUGAGGAUCAGUUAGGACCUUCGUUGUGUCGAAAGCUUCAUUCAAUUGGCUGGUCUGUAUCACAAACGACUGUUGUUCGGAAUGAUGUAGAUUCUGUGGCUGACGAAGUUGAACGACAAAAAUCAACUAAAGAUAUGGUUUUUAUAUAUGGUGGGGUAGGCCCAUUGCAUUCAGAUGUUACGUUAUCAGGUGUUGCAAAGGCUUUUGGGGUUCGCCUGGCUCCUGAUGAGGAAUUUGAAGAAUAUCUUCGGCAUCUUUUAGGUGAUCAAUGCACUGGUGACAAGAAUGAGAUGGCUCUGUUGCCUGAAGGUAUCACUGAAUUGUUGCAUCAUGAGAUGCUGGAUGUGCCCUUGAUAAAGUGUCAAAAUGUGAUCAUUCUUACUGCAACAAAUGUUAUGGAGCUGGACAAGCAGUGGGAGUGUUUGAUUGAAUUAACAAGGUCUAGUGGCCUGCUAGUAUUAAUGGAGCCAUACAUAUCGAAGUGCCUGACAACACAGCUUUCAGAUCUAGAAACUGCUCAACCUCUAUCAAAAAUUUGUCUUCAGUUCCCAGACCUACACAUUGGGUGUUAUCGCAAAUCUAGAUAUGGACCUCUGGUAAUUAGUUUCAAAGGCGAGGACCGAGCACGGAUUGAAUCAGCCGUAGAAGCAUUGAGCAAGAAGUUCCAUCCAGGGGCUUUCUCUGAAAUGAACUAAGUUGAUCAUUGCACCUGUCUUGGAGGUAUUGCCUCCCAAGCUUUAGCAUUUAGGAACCUAGGGAGCUUACUUGAUGAGAAGAUCCUUGGAAUAAGAACUGGAAGGGAAAUGAGAAGGGCAAGAAGUAAAAUUUACAAAAAUAUAAAUGUUGUGUAACUGGGCAAUGCCCUUGUAAUUCAAGAAGAAAAUGUUCAGAGGUGUCAUAUGGACAAGCUACUAGCUAUGGACCAAGUAGGAAGGAAUCUCACAACUCUAGUUUCUUUUUACAAUUGCAAUGCUCAUUUCUUUAAUUAUCUGCAAUGUAUUUCUUGA